AUGAUGGGAAAAUUUUCCCACAACGAUACAUAUGGAGAAGAAUUUAAAUUUAGAACACUAUCACAAUCAGGAAAUUUUACUACCGAAUAUUUAUCACCACAUAUUUCAUGCGAUGGCUUGCAAUGCACCAUAAAUUUCUACAUGCUUCAACUGAUGUGGGACGAUUUUGUGUUAAAUGUUCAUGUGUUUAAACAUUUUCUUUUGUUUUUCUGCACAAAAAAACAACAUCACGAUGAGUCUAUUUACAUUCAUGACUCAACUCAUAUGUUAAUGUUUGAAUAUCCUAGAAAUUUCAAAUUUAGAACGUUGGUCAGUUAUCAGCUGGACGAACUAAUCUCAAUAUGUGUUCAGCCCUAUUUAAAUGUUGGUUUUAAAUUAGAAGCUCAUGUUCAUGUGUCUCGUUUGCUUACAGAAGACAUGUCUUGUCUAUGCCUUACAUAUCUGAUGAUUGUUCAGGUCAUCACUUCUAUUUAUGUAAUAAAAACAAGUCACAAGAAAAAUAAACUUCCACAGUUCGAAGACAAGCCUGUUGUCACUUCGGAAAUUAUAAAAGUUCUUCAUGAGAGAAACCAUGGAAAAGUUUAA